CAGCCCACCCCCAGCUUCCUCAGAGCGCAGCAGGGGAACCAGCGGGGAAGUCCACCUCCCCAAGCACAGCCCUUCCAUCUACCUCACUCGACUGCUUGCCAGUUUCACCACCAACAGAAAGGGGCCUACAUAUCCAAGAACAAAAUGUCGAGUGAUGAUAAAAACAAGCCCAGUGACCCCAAGAAUGAGCCCAUGUACUGUGACCCCAGAUGUGAACAAAAGUGUGAGACCAAAUGCCAGCCCAGCUGUCUGAGGAAGCUGCUGCAGCGCUACUCUGACAAGUGUCCACGGGAGAAGUGCCCACCACCACCGAAGUGCCCCCCAUGUCCCCCGUGUCCGCCAUGCCCCCUGCAAUGUUCACCACCAUGCCCCACCAUGGUGUGUGUUAAGAAUCCCUGCCCUCCCAGGUGCCCUUCCUCAUGCCCAUCAUGCCCACCCCCAGAGUGAGGCACCACGGGCAACACUAACCCCACUGUCACUGGCCUCCAUUAGCACCUACAGCCUUGUGGGGCUAGAAGCAAAACCAUGAACUGACAAGUAAACACGUUCCUCUGCUGCGCAAGA